AUGGAAAGACCAAGCGACCACUGGCAGGGUUUUGCCACCAUAAGUUCGGAUUCUGACAAAUAUAAGCGAAUCCAGCUCCUCCUCUCCUCGGCAAACUUUGAAUAUUUGACGACACGCGGAAUAGAGUCGCGGAGGAGACAUCAACCAGACUUGCCCUCGCAUGUCAAGUGCAGCGUCAAUCUGACGCAUUUUACAUCUGGUUUCAAUAAUGUGGUCCUGGAACUCGCAUUUUCAGACAAUAUAUACUGGAUCGCUCGGAUCCCGCAUUUAGCCCUCGAUGACGGCGAUAAAACCUCGAUGCUCAGCGAGAUUGCUACGAUGAGGAUAAUCAAACAACACACCACUGUCCCGAUCCCUCAGGUUUUCGAUUUUGAGCUGUCCGCAGACCAACCCUUUGGCUACCCGUAUGUUUUCAUGGAGUUCCUGGGUGGUCUCACCCUUCCGAAUGGUCUGGCAGGAACCAUACCUCACCAAUACCAUACGAAGGUGGCCAGGCAGCUUGCAAAUGUCUUCACAGAACUCCAGUAUCUGACAUUUAGCCGCAUUGGGCGCCUUUGGUGUGGAGAAGAUGGUGAUCAGCCCGUCGAGAUCAUAUCCAUGGCCUGGCACUCUUCGCCUGGCCCCCUGGAAACUUCGCUCGAAUAUUUCUACAAUGAGAGGCAGAGUGAAAAUCGGGAAAUAAUUGCCAUGCAUCCAGAUGACCCAGACUGGCUGACGGCAUGUUGGGUGCUGAAAACGGCUCUAACCCACAUUACCAUUGAGGAUAGAGUUCGAGGCCCUUUUCCCCUGUGUCAUCUCGAUCUGCAUUAUGGAAAUAUGCUUUUUGACAACGAGUACAAUUUGACGGGAAUUAUUGAUUGGAGCAGUGCCCAGGCUGCUCCUCUCGAGCAGUUGUCAGUCUGCCCAGAAUUAGUCACCUUCCCAUCGGCACCAGAUGAGGUGAAUCGACCCAUCACUGGGCUGAAGAAACUCGUUGUGGAGUCUAUAAGGGAAAUGGAGAGAGACAAAGAAAAGAGGCCGCCGCUAGAUAAUCUAGAAUGUCCACCGCAUCCGAGUCUUACAACCCUUUCCACCUACAUGGCUUCUAAGAGUGCGGAGGUCACCCAUCGUCAGUACAUGGCUUCACCAAGAGGAAGUCUUUGGGCUGGCAAGAGGAUUGCAAAGCUUAUCUACGGAGAUAGUGUUACUUGGGAGCAGCUGCGGGAGGUAUACGGCACUAUGCCGCUUUUCUAG